AUGUCUAUCUCUGUGUCGACGUCGCAACUGGACCACUACAACGCGCUGCUGAGUCAGCUGGAGCCGCAACAGAUCAUUCAAUGGGCGGUGCUCACCUUCCCCAACUUGUUCCAGACCACGGCGUUUGGACUCACGGGAUUAGUCAGCACUGACAUGAUCAGCAAGCUGGAGCAGUCACGUGGCGGCCACGCUGUCGAUCUUAUUUUUCUCGACACCCUGUACCAUUUCGACGAAACGCUGCAGCUGGUCGACCGGGUCCAGGCCAAGUACCCAUCGGCGAAAAUCCACAGAUUCCGACCCGAGGGCUUCGAGUCGCGUGCGGAGUUUGAAAAGGUGUAUGGCGAUUCCCUUUUCGACACAAACGACGAUCUCUAUGAUUAUCUGGUCAAGGUAGAGCCUUCUCAGCGGGCCUACAAGGAGCUGGAUGUUGUUGCUGUUCUGACCGGGCGUCGCAAGUCCCAGGGAGACGCACGUGACUCUCUAAAGAUUGUGGAGAUUGAAGCCGAGACCAAUCUCAUCAAAAUCAACCCUCUUGCCAACUGGUCGUUUGCCCAGGUCAAGAAUUAUAUCGAUUCCAACGACGUGCCUUACAACUCCUUGUUGGAUAAGGGGUACCGAUCUGUGGGCGAUUUUCACUCAACUGUGCCGGUCAAGGAGGGCGAAAAUGAGCGAGCCGGACGAUGGAAGGGUAAACAGAAGACUGAGUGUGGCAUUCAUCAGCAGAAACGAUUUGCUCAGUUCUCGGGGGUCAAUGUUCGGGCUAUUUAA